AUGGGCACUAGGCGGUCUUGCUGCGUCGCGAAGCAGGUGUCGCACGCCGACCACACACAUGUCGAUGUCGCGGAGCCCCUCCCCGGCCCUGGGAGGCUCCUCGACUCUACAUCCUCCCUCGGUCACGAGAAAUCGUGGCUUCUUCAGUCGCCAUAUCCGCAAGAUCUCAAGCAGCCUACCGCAUUUGUCAUUGUUCUCGGUGCCAACGUGGGCGGCGGUGUCAUGGACUGGAAGGGCGCCCGCGAAUGGGCUAUCGAGCGGGACAGCGUACGCAACAAAGAAGUACGUAGCCAGGUGGGGCUACGAAUUGGAAAUCGUCGACAUGCGCAAGCGAAACGAUACGCCCACGAGUGGCGCGAAGGCUGGCAAAAGGUUGACUAUAUGCGCCAAGCAAUGCGCAAGUACCCUGACGCCGAAUGGUUUUGGUGGUUGGAUCUUAACACGUUUAUAAUGGAGCCCAGCUACUCUCUCCAGGACCACAUCUUUAACAAUCUCGAGAAGCACGUGUACCGAGAUAUCAACGAGUAUAACCCGUUGAAUAUCUCUCAUCCUCUGACCGAGAGGCACCUAAGUGACGUCGAUCGAAGCCCCGUCGGUGACGGCAACCCCGACUCGAUAAACCUUGUCCUGGCCCAAGACUGCUCCGGCUUCAACCUCGGAUCUUUCAUGAUGCGCCGCAGUGACUGGUCCAUGCAGCUCCUCGAUGUCUGGUGGGACCCUGUUGCUUACGAGCAGCGCCACAUGAGCUGGGAGCAUGCGGAACAGGAUGCCCUUGAACAACUAUACACAACCCAGGCCUGGGUGCGGAAGCACACGGCGUUCCUGCCCCAGCGAAAGAUUAAUAGCUUCCCUCCAGGCGCGUGCGCCGAUAACGGGAUCAACGAGCGAUAUCACUACGACCAAAAGGACCGCGACUUCCUCAUGAAUAUGGCAGGUUGCGAGUGGGGCCGGGAUUGCUGGGGUGAGAUGUACAACUAUCGCGAGCUCAGCUAUUACCUCAACAGGAACCCAUGGGAAAGGUUCAAGGAAGACCUCAUAGCCGUAGUAUGGUUCAAGCUCACCGGCCAAAAGGUCAAGCUUUGA